AUGUCGAAUACUGCUGCCCCUAUACCUGAGGAGCUUCUCCGCAAUUCAAGUCUCUCCCUAGAUGAUAAACAAUAUCUUUACCAGGAAGCUGAAACGAAGUAUCCUGUUAUUCCCCUCCCAGAUGUUCUGUUGUUUCCAGACAAUUCAUUCUCUGAGCCUACUACUUCUAUGCAAGAUAAUGAAAAUAUCCCAAAAAUCUUUACCAAUCCUAGUUUGGAUGGGCUACGAGUCUCUGAACUUUUCUAUGGCACCCGUCUACCUUGGUAUCCAAAAACAUCAAAGUCCGGCGUAGGCUAUUGUCUCUCUGCCCUUGGGUAUCUAGAGUCACUAGAUCUAACAAUUAAAACAUUAAUGUACAAUGUCCAGUAUAGUUAUUCAUCAACAUAUCAACCGCAUAAUAAACUAACUCGAUCCGAAUUCCUAAAUAAUGUCCCAUGUAUUCGAACUACGUUCCGCUGCUCAGGAGUUAAAGUAUGUACCCAUCAUCACGAGUCUCUUUUAGACCCGCAUACGGAAUGGGAUAUAGAUGCUUGGGAUAGAAAAGCAGAGCGAAUGUCUGCUGUACAACGGCUAUUUAUGGAGGAAUAUCACCCUGUUGAUACAUACAAACCGACUCUUGAGUAA